AUGAGCGCUGUUGUAUUUAAAGAGUACUUCUUAACCGACGUUAAAACUACAAUAGAAUCGUUUCACUCUGGCGUGGGCGGCACGGUAGAGUUGCCCUGUGACGUCACACCCGCCCUCCCAAACGACAGCAUGGGCCUCGUCAUCUGGUACAAGCAAGGACAUGAAACACCAAUAUACACAUACGACAAACGGGAGGGAGUGACGUCACACUGGUCGGAUCCAUCAACGCUCUCCACACGCGCCACCUUCCGCACCAACACUGAGCCAGCUGUGUUACUGCUCACCAAACUAAGAGCUGAAGAUAGUGGCCAGUAUCGAUGCAGAGUGGAUUUCAUACGGUCGCCUACUAAAAACACAAGACUUAAUCUCACUGUACUUAUACCUCCCGAGCGCCUGCUGAUCUUGGACCACGAGGGCGACGAGAUCAAAGGCGGAGUGCUCGGUCCCUACGACGAUGGCACUGAAGUCAACCUCACCUGCGUCGCUGUCGGAGGUCGGCCAGCAGCCCGAGUGUCUUGGUGGAAAUCGCAUGCUCUGCUCGCCAACUCGGAAGCGCGGGCGACGGUCUCCUUCACGCUACAACGCACAGACUAUUCAUCUGAAAUUACUUGCCAGGCUGUUACGGAUCCCUCAAUAGCGCCUCUCUCUGAAACACUGACUAUUGACGUCAACCUUCGCCCCUUAUGGGUGCGGUUGUUAGGGGGUAAACGACCCCUGGUAGCGGGGAGGCGCGCAGAGCUGGUGUGUCAAUCUGUAGGAGCGCGACCUUCGCCAAACAUUUCUUGGUGGAAGGGCGGUACGAAACUUACGUCAGUCAGAGAAACUACGUCUUCUGAUGGUAACGUCACGAGUAGCACAUUGAGCUUUGAGCCGACCAUUGAGGAUGCUGGACGAGUACUCUCCUGUAGAGCUACACAGCCAGCUUUACCACGCGCUGUAAGAGAAGACGGCUUUAAGCUUGAAAUACAACAUUUGCCAGUGGUGAAAUUAGACCUUGGUGCGAAUUUGGACGCUUCAAAAGUGAUAGAAGGAACAGACGUGUAUCUUGACUGUAUGGUACGCGCCAACCCCUGGCACACACACGUGUAUUUCACACACAAUGGUGCGACGGUACGCGGUGGCAAUGGUGUGGUUGUCGCAAAUCAAAGCCUUGUCUUACAGCACGUAUCGCGUCGAGCUGCGGGAGCGUAUGUAUGCGUUGCUCGUAAUGCACUGGGGGAGGGGUACAGCGAGCCACUCAUGUUGGACGUUAAAUAUAGUCCAACAUGCAAAAACUCUCAGCCGGUGCCAAUACGUGCAGCGCGAGGAGAGACAGUUGAAAUAGAUUGCGACUUAGAAGCCAAUCCUCAGAAGCCCAUGACAUACCAAUGGUGGCUAAACAGCACGGCGCACUCCAAGCUGGAACUAAAUACGAUGGCAAUGCAAGCUCAAAAUAAUCUUGGUAGAUACCUGUACAUGGUUAACACUUCAGCUGAUUACGGCUGGGUACAAUGUGCUGGUACUAACUCAGUCGGUCGUCAGGAUGUAGCUUGCUUGUUCCAUAUUUUACCCGCAGAAAAGCCAUCUCCUGUGAAGAGCUGUUCCAUCACAAACGUGACUCACGAGUCUGUGUCAUUAGCUUGUGUGCCUGGUCAUGACGGUGGAUUGCGACAGACAUUUCUCUUGCAGGUAUUUGACAUGGUAACAGGCACGAUGUUGCGAAACAUGAGCAGUGAUGAGCCUAUUUUCGCGGUAUGGGGCCUAACUGGAGCAGUUGGUAUGUCCGUACGUGCGUACAAUAGUAAAGGGUCAAGUGAGCCCUUUACGUUAUCUUCCAGUCUGCUAAAACAUCCACAGCGACAGACGGCAAACGUGCCAGUACGGGUAGAAUUGACGACUAUACUAGUAACAGUACUGUGCACGGUAGCUGGCAUCGCCGCAAUCACAACAAUAUUAGCAUUUGUCUUUUGUUGGAAAUAUUGCCAGAAAGAAGAAGAAAAAAAUGAAAAAUCGAAACGCAAACAGGAUGAAAUAUCGAACACACCACUCACCGCUACAAAUGAAUGUGAGAGCGCCGACAGUUUAGAUAAAAACCCUGAUAUAAUACCAAUUGAGGGCAAAAUAAGCGACAAUUGUUCGAACAAAUCCUCAACGACCGAUUAUAGUUCAAUAAGGCCACUACUAUCGAAGUCUGAUUCUGAUAAAUAUGGUUCCAAUUGCGAUCGACAUUGUGAACAUAAUGAACCACAAAGCCAAUACGUCCAAGUAAGACCAUUGGACUUCCGAGUACAUCAAUAUCAACAUAGCUUACAUAUGCCCAACAUUGGACCAAGUUUGAGCCUUGGGCCAAACUUAGGCCACGUACCAAACAUUGGUCCAAAUGAUUGUCAAGCGCCUUACGACAAAGUCUACGAAAAUUGGUUGAAAUAUAAGAAUUCUUUACCAUUAAAUACGAGUGGAUUGCUGCCAAUGGAGCAAUGUAUGCCACCAGAACUAUACGCACCCACAGUAUACAGUACGGUGAAUAGGAAUCCUCUCAACUUGGCCCAGAUGCCGGAACUGGAGGCCUUUUCAGAGCCUCGGUCACUUACCCAAGACUAUAGGGCUUCGCCCCCUGUUCGGGUCAAUACAGAUAGUAGCAGUGCUUAUUUCAGCAAGAAUCUUCUGCAAAGAUCAGCUCUUGCAACUCCGCCAAGAUCAGAGGUUGAGUCUUUAACCAAAUCACUUGAAACCAACAAUCAACAAAGUGAGAAUAGACAAGAAACCAGUGAAAGGUGCUGGGAUGCCGUCCUCGCCUUUUACAAGCGUGGUGUCGCAGAAGGAGGCAGCGGAGCGGGUGAGGGAGGAUACUACCAACCUCCCCCUUCGCCGCAAAAGGACCGGGCGUCGGAGGUUGGAGCACGAUCGUCGCCUUCCUCCUUCAACGCCAGGCAGAGGGACUCGGGGAAGUCGGCCGUCCACCGUAUCUGCCGUGGAGUGUCCGCCGCCGAGUCGAGGCACGCCGCCGGGGUUUGCGGAAGAAUCCGAAUUCCUCCGACCCCGUCACAAGCGACGAAUGUGGACGCUGUGUUGAGUUUAGCAGAAAUUAUCGACUUAUUGGAGACGGAAGAUGAGGACACUAUCUACACAUAG